UAUGCCGUUGAUUCUGCCCUUACUCUUACCCUGAUGCACGGUUAGUGGGCGAAUAGAUACAGUAUAUCGUAUGCAUUACAGUACAAGUAUUUCGCUCCACUAUUUGUUUGUAGUCUUAUUAAUUAAUUUGGCAAACGAAACACUGCAGCUAAAGUAUCCUAAAUUAAAAAUAAUCUACGACUGAUACCUUUUCACCGGAAGUCAAUUUGUACCUAAUGCACAAGAAAAUGCACAGCAGCGAGCACUGUUGCAUGAUUGUGAAUUAGCUAGGAAGAUAUGCGUUUGGUUUUGAAUUUGUGGUUGGAAAUUAGUUUUCUGUUGGUUUUCGCCGGUACGGUAAUUGAAAUCUCAUUACGCAUGCCCGUGAAUUCGCUUGGAAAAUGACAGCUUUUGGCAAAAAAUCGAACUAUGGCAUUGUGGAUUUUGAUGACAUACUGGAGGAAGUUGGAUCCUUUGGAAAAUAUCAGAAACUACUCAUAUUUCUGGUAUUUUUACCAGCAUUACUGCCAGAUGGAGUUUUGGUUCUAAAUGCUGUGUUUAUGGCAGCAACACCAGCCGACCACUGGUGCCAGCUCCCCAUGGAAAACGUUACUGACAAAGAGUCUGUCACAAAUCUCCUGCCUCGAGAUUUACGCGGAGGAGUGCUGACGUACAGCAAAUGCACAAUGUUUAACGCGAAUUAUUCUUCAACUGAUUAUCAAAGUAUCAUGGAAUCUGCCAACAAUAAAAGCAGUACAAAAAAUGCACAGGCUUCCUGCCGCUACGGAUACGAGUAUGACCAUUCGGUAUACGAAAAUACCAUUGUCACCGAAUUCGAUUUGGUGUGCGACAAAAGCCUGUACGCUGCCGCAUCGUUUACAUAUUUCACACUGGGCGGUUUAUUUGGACCGUUAUUUUGGGGACUGUUGGCUGAUCGUUUCGGGAGACGCUUUGGGUUUUUUGCCUGUGUCAGUUUCCAGUCGGUGUUCUCCAUUGCCACCCCGUUUGCUCCUAAUUAUGUGUGGUACUGUGUAUUCCGAUUCUGUGUAGGCAUGACCACUUCUGCCAGCUACUCGCUUCCGAUGUUGAUGUGUGUGGAGAUUAGUGGACCGCGCGCUCGUGCAUUGAUAGCGGUCUUGUGUUCCACGGCUUACACUUGCGGUGUAUUGCUACUCGGUUUACUGGCAUAUUUUGUACGAUCCUGGAGAGAACUGGGAAUGUAUUCUUCCAUCCCCCUUGCCGUGAUAUUUGUAAUACUGUAUUUCUUUUUUCCUGAAUCUCCACGAUGGCUACUGGCCCACGGCCGUUAUGAUCAGUUGGAAGUGUAUCUGCGUGAAGUGGCCAAAGUCAAUGGAAAGAAGUUGGAUGCGGAACUGGAUACUAACCUGUCCGUCGUCCUGCAAAAAAUAACACCAGAAGAAUCCACAAAAAACCACACUAUUCUGGAUCUGUUCAAAUUUCCUAAUAUGAGGAAAAAGACGGCCAUUCUGGUCUUCGUCAAUUUUUGUAAUAAGGGCGUAUUCAUGGGAUUGAAUUAUUACGCACCGGGAUUCGGCAUGAAUCCACAUUUGAAUUUUUUCCUGGCCAGUGUUAUUGAGCUGCCACCAUAUCUGUUUGCGGAAUUCAUCUGCGAUCGUAUCGGACGAAGAAUGUCGUUGUUUUUGGGGAUGCUGCUGGGGUCACUCGUUGGUUUAAUAACGGCGGCAGUUCCCGGCGGGUCGUUUACCUUGAUUCUGUCUCUUUCCUUAGUAGCCAAAUUCUGCAUAACGUUCACGUAUUUAGUGGGAGAAUUAAUGGAAGAUGAGAUCUUCCCAACUGUUAUCCGUGGUGAAGGUCAUUCCAUAACUAGCGCAGUAUCAUCAUUAGCCGGUUGCGUCACUCCGUUUGUUGUCCAGCUCGGGCACAGUUAUCUGAUCUUGCCGCUCGUGGUAUAUGGAUGCUGUUGUUUCUCAGCGGCAUUUAUUGCAUUGUUCCUACCAGAGACAGCCAAUGAAGAUCUACCACAGACACUGGAAGACGGUGAGCGGUUUGGAAAAGAUAUGGGGUGUAAGGAUAUUUUCCGGUUCUAUGUGCCGAAGCCCAAACGAACGUCCGAGCGGCAUCAGGCUGUCGUUGCCAGCGAACAUGUUGAGCUGACAAAUGGCUUUUCCUAAAUAAAGUUAAUGCUCCCUAACGAUAGCUGACAAUUCAAUAGUUUCAAUUUAAAACUAUGCACUAUGCAUGCAUGUAAAUAUAUUAUAAGUCGUCUUUUGUUUUGCUGAUUCCGUUUUGUUUUUGCAAUAAGAUAAUAAUAAAAUGAAUUAUUAAAAAAUUUGG